CAGCCAGUUAAAACCGGAGCAAGCCGAGCUCGAGCACAAGCGCCUUGCUAUCCUCCUGAAGCUACGCGCGCUUUUCUUCAUCGCAUUCUUGAUGUCGGGGCCGGAUUCGAGCCAGGUGUUUGACGCUCGGCAUAGCCAGGCACAGGUUCCUAUGAUAUAGCAGAGGAGACUUGAGGGAGCAGCUAUGGAAACGGAGAUCAAGAUGUUGAUUGCGGAAUGCGUUUGCUUGCUGUUACGUCGCUCCAAGGCGGAUAGUGUCCAUAGGGCAAGGCCACGGGCCUUCGAUCGAUUCCCCGGUCUAUGCAAUAGAUGGAGGUCUUCUUGGGAACCACCCAAACGGCUUUUCUCUUGUAGAUGACGCUCCAAUGCCCAUGUCGUGCGAUUACAUACGUGGAGCCUACAGGUGGAUACAAUACAUACCUCUGCGAACAAGGAGACCCUCCACCGCCUCGCUCUUCAGACUCCCUAACUCCCUUCCCCUCGGCCCCGUUCUCGCCGAUCCUCACCUCUCAUCUCGGAUGCGAUACCCUACCCUCUCGCGUCCGCACUCAUAUCCGACGCGCCCCCUCCCAAAUCUUAUCCCCCAAGCUCCGACCACGUGAUCCAGCCCAUGCACCUCACCCAUUUCGCCCCCGCUUAGCAUCCCACCACACCCUUGUAUCCCCCACAAUUCACCUCCUGCGGGGGAACAUGCAGCCUUUUGCGUUCGCUGCAGCGACGCUCGGUCGCUCAAGCGAAGUCGCAGACGGCGAGGCAUCCAAGAUGCGAACUUCGCACAGCCCCGCGACGCUCGCUCCAUCGGCGAGGCGAGGCGCGCGCGGGCACCGGCGGCGAUUAUUAUCGGUCGCCAUUGCAAACGUCUGCGAGCCUCGGGCGAGUCGGAUCGGGAACGGGAGAGCUGUGUGUCUCGCGAGUUAACGAAGAGGGGUAGGUACUGGGUCUUAUAUUUGAGGUUGCUUGCGCUCUUGUGACAUCGAGACUUCUCACUCACCCACACCCGCACCAUCGGACUGCAACGGCGCCCUGGACCUGAGUUUCGAGCCGGGAUCGACUAUCUUUAUUGGCUACCACCUGUGUAGCUUGUGCGAGGGC